UAGCAAGAAUAGCAAUCGUACAGGAACACCUGUUUGCUUUUGAUUUCCAUUAUUGCUGAGUUUGUGUAUAACCGGAUAUAAAGUUUUUGUAAAUUGUUUCGGAACCGCCAUAGGGGGAUCAAAAAACUUUGCCCCUUAGUCAUUAUGGACAAUGUUGCCUUUGUUCAUAUCGUUGAUGAGCACCUGAUUUUGGGUGUGAAUUCGCCUGUCAAAAUGCAGUACGAGUUUAACGAAGGCAGCUUGACGAAAAUGUGCCGCUUUGUCGACUCGUUAUCCAUUAUUGUGCCCUUGGCGAUAGACAGCAAUGUGGUUCUGAAGGUGAUAGCCAAAAUUCUGCAGGACAGCCUCAUCGAAAAUGUUGUGGUGAAUGCACCAUGCACACUCGUGAGCAUGGCACUCUCAAUGGAGAGUUUGAUAUUCAUCAGUUUGGUGCCUAAAGAAAACACCAUUAUAGCGUAUAUAGAGGCUGUCAAAAAUAGGAAUAUUGAUAUGCCGAGCGUAUGUGCCGUAAAUGGGGAUUUGAAAUCUUUGUUGGAACAGAUAUAUGAUCGAUUCUGUAUUUUAGAUGACAUCGCAGGUUUGUAUGAACGGUUGUACGUGCACUCGUUGGAUGACAAGCUGCACAAGACUUUUUACUUGGAAUUGGAAAAGCUACUAAACAAGAGAACAAAACAAAAUAAAAAGAUUGACAAGCUUUCUACUGACAAUAAGUUGGCGGAUUGUACUCAGUUCAAGUUUUCGGAAAAAAAUCCUAUCUAUAUUGGUUCGUGGUUAUUAACGAAGGUGCGGUUCUUUAAAACAAAUCAUUUUGCAACACGUGAUAAUUUCUUAAAAAAGGAUUAUUCGCUGUUAAGCAUAGAUAAUUGAUGGUUAUUAAAUGACAUUCCUCUGAAA